UACCGCGCGUGAUAGUGGGCCCGGAGCUAUGCCCGCGCCAGGCACGUAGACAGCAGCACAGACACGACAUGGACAACGUACCGGCGAUGUCGCGGGGCGAGGACGACGCGGGGGCGGGGAGCGGGGAGGCGGAGGCGCUGCAGCUGGUCAAGAGCGAGCAGCGCGGGGAGGAGAGCGCAGCGGGGGCGGCGGGCGGCGGAGAAGGUGAGGGCGAGCCGCAGUCCGUGAUCACGUCGCGGCGGGCGCUGCGCACCAUCACCGCCGCCGGCCACAUCACCACCGAGCUGGCCGAUGACGGCGUCAAGGACGAGCCGCCCGAGCCCGCCGCGCUCGACACCGACCAGCUACACUUCGCCGAGCGUCAGCACUACGACGAGGAGCGCCUGCGCCUCGCCGAGGCCGAGACGGCGCGCUACCUCGCCUUCAAGCCCGACUACCGCCCGCAGUCACCCGACCGCCGGCCUCAGUACCGCGCGCCGCCGCCCCGCUCCGCCUACCCGCGCGGCCCUGCGCUGCGGUACGGCGCGCCACCCGGCCCGGACGACGACGAGCAGCAGCACAAGGAGCAGCAGCAGUUCGCACCAGACCCCGAGCGCCAGUACAUGGAGCAGCAGCAGCAGCAGCAGCAGCAGCAGCCCGCACUCGAGAUGAUCCAGACUACGUCGCUGACGGACCAGCAGGCGGUGGGCGUGGCCUACCAGCCGGUCAAGUACGAGGCGCGCGCGGACGACCGCGGCACGUACGCGGCGCUGCAGCCCGUGUCGCAGGCGGGUGGCGCGGGGGGGUCGGGGGGCGGCGCGGGCGGCGGGGGCUACUACGCCGGCCAGAGCCCACAGUACGCGGCGGCGGCGGCGGGCUACGGCUACGGCGGCAAGGAGCUGCUGACGCUGUACGGGCGCGGGGAGGACAGCCCGCCGCAGCUGCUGUACCGCGACCCGCCCCUGUCUUCGUCGCUGGGCCGCGGCGCGCACGUCGUGUACGGCCCCGUCGUGCCGCAGUCGCAGCCCGUCUACGAGGCGCCGCCCAGCCCCAACUCGCAGCAGGUGACGCUGUACACGCACGGCAACACGGUGCAGUACAAGGUGGGUGGGGAGUACCUGGCGCAGGGCGGCGUGGAGUACGUGCCGGUGUCGGGGUACGAGGGCGGGCUGCUGGUGGAGAGCUACCCGGCGCCCGCCCAGCCCUGGCCGCCCCACAACCUGCUCUCCAUCGACGACGGCUUCGAUCCUAGUAUGACGGGCAUGGGCGAGGUGAAGGAGUGUGUGAACUGCGCGGCGGCGACGACCCCGCUGUGGCGGCGCGACGGCACCGGCCACUACCUGUGUAACGCCUGCGGCCUGUUCACGCGCAUCAACGGCGUCAACCGCCCGCCGCACAAGCAGAAGGUCAAGCCGCAAGCCGCGCUGGUGAGUGACCAGGUCACUGACGGCCGUUUUGUCCAACAGCCGACGAACGGCAACCGGCGCGUGGGCGUGACGUGCGCCAACUGCCGCACCUCCAACACCACGCUGUGGCGGCGCAACAAUAACGGCGAACCCGUCUGCAACGCCUGCGGCCUCUACUACAAGCUGCACAACGUCAACCGGCCGCUGAGCAUGAAGAAGGACGGCAUCCAGACGCGCAAGCGCAAACCCAAGAGCAUGGGCGGCGGCGUGGGGCGGCCCGGCGGCGGCAUGGCCGGGUAUCAGCGCUAGAGCGGCCAGCGUCGACGUCCACGAUGCACUACCGCCCGCCGUAACGCCGCGCUGCGUCGCCGGGAC